AUGGCUACCGUGAUCUUUGUGGAUAAGGAAAACGGAGAACUAGGCUCUCGUGCGACUCCGAAGGACCGGCUGAAGCUGGGGUCCCGGCCUUCAGUCAAAGCGUUAGAUGGGAGAUCUAAGGUUUCAACACCACAUGUUGGCAAAAUGUUUGAUGCUCCUCCAGCCUUGCGGAAGGCUCCCAGAAAGGCUUUGGGAACUGUCAACAGAGCUACAGAAAAGUCAGCAAAGACUAAUGCACCUGUCAAAGAGAAACAGACAGCCUUCUCUUCUAAAACGGUGACCGAGAAGACUGUUAAAGCAAAAGGCUCUGUUCCUGCCUCAGAUGACACCUAUCCAGAAAUAGAAAAGUUCUUUCCCUUCAAUCCUCUCGAUUUUGAGAGCUUCGACCUGCCUGAAGAACACCAGAUCGCACAGCUCCCCUUGAGUGGAGUGCCUCUCAUGAUCCUUGACGAGGAGAGGAAACUUGAAAAGCUGUUACACCUGGGCCCCCCUUCACCCCUCAAGGCGCCCUCUCUGCCCUGGGAGUCGGAUCCGUUCCAGUCUCCCUCAAGCCUUCUGUCAACACUGGAUGUUGAAUUGCCACCUGUUUGCUAUGACUUAGAGGUUUAA